CAUGGUCAUUAUUUUGUAAGAGGACAUAACAAAUAAUUCUAUCUUUAAUCUCACCAAAGAGUAACUAAAGUUAUUUGAUGUGACCUUUUUCAAUGGAAACUUAACAACUAAAUCUUCUUUAAUGUCAUUAUUUUCUAGAUGGAGAUCAAAAGCUUCCCAGGUGUUUUUAACUAAGAAAUAUCAAGAUUUAAAUCAUAAAUACUUUGGAACACUCAGAAGAACAACAUGGGAGAAACUGAGAAAAUUGAAACCCAUAGAAUAAGAUGUUUUUCCAAGUUGAAGAUGUUUCUGCUGGCAAUAACAUGUGCAUUUAUAUCCAAAACACUAUCUGGAUCUUAUAUGAAUUCCAUGCUCACACAAAUAGAGAGACAAUUCAACAUCCCGACAUCACUAGUUGGAUUUAUUAAUGGGAGUUUUGAGAUUGGAAAUCUUUUUUUGAUUAUAUUUGUGAGUUAUUUUGGAACAAAAUUUCACAGACCUAGAAUGAUUGGCAUCGGAUGUGCUGUUAUGGGCCUUGGGUGUUUCUUACAGUCUCUACCUCAUUUCCUCAUGGACCGAUAUGAAUAUGAAUCUACAGUUUUAGGCAAUUUGUCCUCAAACAGUUUCUUGUGUAAUGAAAAUGGAACCCAGAUUUUCAGACCAACAGAAGAUCCGUCAGAGUGUGUGAAGGAAGUUAAAUCAUUAAUGUGGGUAUAUGUACUAGUAGGAAAUAUGAUACGUGGAAUUGGUGAAACUCCCAUCAUGCCUUUGGGUAUUUCCUACAUAGAAGAUUUUGCAAAAUCUGAAAACUCUCCUCUAUAUAUUGGGUUUGUAGAAACAGGAGCUAUCAUUGGUCCUUUGUUUGGACUUUUGUUAGCAUCAUUCUGUGCAAAUAUUUAUGUUGACAUCGGAUCUGUAAACACAGAUGAGCUGACUAUCACUCCAAUUGAUACUCGUUGGGUUGGUGCAUGGUGGUUUGGCAUUUUGAUUUGUGCAGGAGUGAAUGUGCUCACUGCCAUUCCUUUUUUCUUUUUGCCCAAAACGCUUGCAAAGGAAGGAUCAAAGGAUAAUGCUGACAUCGUCAAAAAUGACAAAGAAGAGAAACAAAAAGAAGUGAAGAAGGAAAAUGAUGGAAUUACUAAAGAUUUUUUACCAUUCAUGAAGAGUCUUUUUUGCAACCCAGUUUACAUGCUUUUUAUGCUAAUCAGUGUGGUACAGUUCAAUGCAUUUAUUAAUAUGAUGUUCUUCAUGCCUAAAUAUGUGGAACAGCAAUAUGGAAAGUCAACUUCAGAAGCAAUCUUUCUAAUUGGUAUUUACAACUUACCUCCAAUAUGCAUUGGAUAUAUUUUCGGCGGAUUAAUGAUGAAAAAGUUCAAAAUUACUGUCAAACAAGCUGCCCACAUAGCAUGUUGUUUAUCUUUCAUUGACUUUCUUCUCUACUUUUCGUGUUUUUUUAUGGUCUGUGAUAAUUCUUCAGUUGCUGGCAUAACCACCGAUUAUAAAGGAAUGCAGCAAGAUUUACACAUUGGAAAUGCCAUCCUUGAUGAUUGCAACAUGGAUUGCAACUGUCCAACUAAAACAUGGGACCCUGUGUGUGGAAGCAAUGGUUUGUCAUAUAUGUCAGCUUGUCUUGCUGGUUGUGAGACAUUUGUUGGAACAGGACUGAACAUGGUGUUCCAUAACUGUAGCUGCAUUCAGACCUUAGGAAACUCAUCGGCAGUUCUUGGGCUGUGCGACAAAGGACAUGACUGCUCCAUGAUGCUCCAGUACUUCUUAAUCCUGUCGUCAGUCAGCUCUUUCAUUUACUCUUUAUCUGCCAUCCCUGGAUACAUGGUUCUCCUGAGGUGUAUUAAGCCUGAAGAGAAGUCUCUUGGUGUGGGAUUACAUGCAUUUUCCACAAGAAUAUUUGCUGGAAUCCCUGCACCUAUAUAUUUUGGAGCUUUAAUGGACUCCACAUGUUUACAUUGGGCAACUUUUAAAUGUGGUGAGUCAGGAGCAUGCAGGAUAUAUGAAUCCACUAACUUCAGACACCUCUACCUUGGAUUGCCAGCAGCACUAAGAGGAUUAAGCUAUAUUCCAGCCAUUUUUAUCCUAAUUAUUUUGAGGAAGUAUCGUCUACCUGGUGAAAAUACCACUUCAGGAACUGUGCCUGCAGAGGAAAAGGUUACAGGGAAUGAGGGCCAAGAAAUGGACCAAACUUGCAAAAUUUUGAAUAAUAAUGUAUUGAACACUAAAAUGUAAUAUCCUAUUAUUCAUGUUUCCCGGAGUUGGAGAACACACUAUAACUUAAUAUUUGUAAAAAUCAAUAGAGGUACUGUAGGUAACCUUUUCUUGUCUAAGGACCUAAAAAAAGUUUUUUUACUUAAGGUAAAAAGAAAAAAAUUCACUGAUUCACUGAUGGUAUUUCUGAGCCAUCAACGGCACUUGAGGUUUUUCUUAGAUGGACAUUUAUAGCAACCUUGAGAACUGGAGAUUAGAGCCAGCUUUAUUAUUUAAAAAUAUUUUGUUAAUCUUCGCCCAAGAAUCUAUUUCUAUUAAUUUCUUUAGAUAAGAAGGGAGAGAGAUAGAGAUAGAUAGAUAGAUAGAUAGAUAGAUAGAUAGAUGGAUGGAUAGAUAAACAGACCGAUAGAUAGAAACAUCAAAGUGAGAAACAUUGAUCAAUUGCCUCCCUUGGAUUAAACCCACAGCCUAGGUGUGUCCCCUGACUGGGAAUCAAACCCACAACCUUUUGGUGUAGGGGAUGAUGCUCCUACCAACUGAGCCACCCAGCCAGGCCUACAGCCAACUUUACAUUUAUGUUAAAACAGCAAUUUCUCUUUUAACUUAUGUACAAUAAGAAUAUAUUUCCUUCAUUGUCUUUUCCAAAUGACUCUAAAAAUUCCCUGUUAUGAAAAUCUACUUAAUUCCAUUGAGUAUCUGCUUUGCUAUUGGGGUUAGAGACUGGAAUUCUCAUCCUGCUAUGUGAAUAUUUAAGUAUUUUAUUCAAAUUUAUUGCUUCCAACUAAAAGAAGCAAUAAAUUUGUUGUCUUCUUUUAUUUAUAAAUUAUUCUUUAACUCCUCCUAUUUACUCCAGACAUGACUUUGAAAAUAGUUUACUCAUCAAUGUGCCAUCACAUGCUUUCAACCCAUUCCCUGCUUUAUUAUUCAUGCCAUAUAUUUGCUCGUUUUGUUCAGCAAACUGACAAACUGAAUCAGGUUAUUAAAAAUCAUGUAGUAAAGAUUGUUGGAAUUUUAUUUUCAGCAAUUCAAACCAGGUUACUUUUUCUUAAAAACAAGUGUCUGAGCCAAAGAAUGAAAGGGUCAUAUUAGAAAGACACUAGUCCUUAAAGGCUGCUUGUAAUGAAGAUAUUGUCAAAGAAACACUUUACCAGAUUUAGGAGGCCUCCUUAGACCAAUGUUUAUGCCAUUCACAGCGUCCUAAGUUAGUGUACAAGCACUAAUUUUCCAUAAACCAUCUUAGAGAAUGAAAAUUUUAAAAAGUAGCUUCUCUUAUGAAACUGAACUUAAUAAAAUUCAAGAUGCACAUUUAAAACUAAAUCUACUCUAUAGAACAAACAAAAACUAAACAUACAGUAUUACUUUAUAAUUUAUAGAUAUAACACAAGAGCCUUAUGGAUAAUGGAGAUGGGGUUCAAGAGAUUAGAAUGAACAUCCAUGUGCAUCUAUUGCUAUAUCUUCCUCCUUAUUCUUCAUCACAUUGAAAUUAGCGUCAAUAUAUAAAAAUGAUAUAAUCCCCAAUAGUGAGGAGAAUGCGGAAAAGAAGAACGGAAGAGGGUCUUAAUAUACUAUGGUUACUUAUGUGGAAUAUAAAGAGAAUGGGAGUGUUUCUAGACUGGUAGAAGCUGUAAUCCAGAAUUCACUUAGAAGGCCCCUGAAUGUAGGUAGGAGCCUCUGGUUGAAAGUUUGAAGAAUGUAAGUUGGUAGCUGGACAAAAUAGAGGCCAGUUACUUGAAA